CUCUUCCAACACCUCACACCAUGGCGGACAUCCAAUUUGACAGUGCGCUCGAUCUUCUCCGGCGCCUCAACCCCCGCGACACGAAACAGAACCUGCAGGCCAUCACAUCGAUUGUCCCAGACCUGACCGAAGAUCUCCUCUCCUCAGUCGACCAGCCUCUAGAGAUCCGCCGCUGCCCGAAGACGAACCGCGAUUACCUGCUCUGCGACUACAACCGGGAUGGGGACAGCUACCGCUCGCCCUGGAGCAAUGAGUUCGAUCCACCACUGGAGGACGGGACGGUCCCCAGCGAGCGGGUGAGGAAGCUCGAGGUUGCGGCUAACGAGGCCUUUGAUGUGUAUCGGGAGCUGUACUAUGAGGGUGGAGUGGGCAGCGUUUACUUUUGGGAUUUAGAUGAUGGGUUUGCGGGUGUUAUCCUCUUGAAGAAAGGUGUUACACCCGGAGCGAAGAGCUCAGGAGAGUGGGACAGCAUUCAUGUCUUCGAGGCCACUGAUAGGGCGCGCAUGUCUCAUUACAAGCUCACGAGCACGGUAAUCCUGCACUUGGCGAACGAGAAUGAGGCCCUCGGCGAGAUGGAUCUCAGUGGCAAUAUGACCCGGCAGAUGGAGGUUGAUCUCCCUGUGGAGUCGGAUGCGAGCCAUGUCGCCAAUGUCGGUAGGCUCGUUGAGGAUAUGGAGUUGAAGAUGCGGAACUUAUUGCAGGAGGUCUACUUUGGCAAGGCCAAGGAUGUGGUGGGUGAACUUCGAAGCCUCGCACCGCUUUCGGAAACCAAUAAAGAGAAGGCUGCACACCUGGAGAUGAUUAGGUCCAUGCAGCGGUAGUGCAUCGGCCAGCCAUUGCUCGCUGAGUUCUGCGAACUAGCAUCUGUACUUUGCUUGCCGUCUUACAUGAGCAUGCCUAUGUUCUUACUCCUUAUCUCGCAUCAUCAUCAAAGCUUCUGCCAUACGCGUCAAAGUCGGUAAAGACUGAGAAAGGCAAAAGUAAAUAGGUCUCGUUUCUUUUCAGCCUGCGCCGAAUAAACUCGUUCAC